AAGAUUUCGUUCUGUGUAUUCGUGUUUUCUCUGUAGCCACCAAGGAGGCACGCCAGAGCAGGAAGUGGUCUCCCUGAUACUUCACAGCGCGUACCGCUGUUUCCUUGCUCGGAAGCAGAACCGAAGUUCCCGUGAUUGGAAGAGCGCCGCUCGCUGGAAUCAGCGGCGCCGCUGCGGCAGGGACGACGGCUUCGCCCAUUGGAGAGUCCAUGAAAAGUACCUGCUAGGUCGGAGAACAGGCAAGAAGCCCCGAGUUUCACCCGGAGAUCGAUAGGGAACCUUCGCGCGAAUCGUACUCAGUCAGUGUUGCUCCUUGGCCGGGAUGGCCGCUCCUGCAGAAAACCCCAUGGUUUUCCUCGACAUUCGGAUCGGCGAAGAACAGAUUGGGAGGGUGGUUCUUGAGCUUUAUCAGGAGGAGUUCCCCAACACAGUCCGGAAUUUCCUCGCUCUCGCGACUGGCGAAGGCCGCGGCUCGAACGGGCAACAGAUCUCUUACAAGGGUACUCGAAUAUUCAAAGUUGUGCCCCGAUUCGCCAUCCAAGGCGGCGACGUGGAGAACAACGAUGGAACCGGCAGCGAAACGAUCUAUGGGAAGUUCUUCCCGAAGGAAGGUCCUUUCAAAUCGCAUACCUCAGCCGGCCUUCUCGGGAUGGCGAGUCACGAUGCCGAAUCGAGCGGAAGUCAAUUUUAUAUCACCACGGUACCGAACUGCACUCACCUCGACGGCAAGAGUACGGUUUUCGGACGAGUAGUGAGAGGCAUGGGCGUGAUCACCCAAGUCGAAUGCAUAGUCACCACUCACAACGACGCACCCACCGAGGACGUCGUCGUUGACGACUGCGGUUUGUAUGAGUGUGGAAUGCCGCUCGGACCCGAGGACUCUUACGGAGACGACGUGUUCCCACCCUUCCCAGAGGACUGUCCACCGACGUUCAUCAACUUCACAUCCCUCCAGGACGUGAUCCACGUGGCGGAGCGCGUUCGCAUCGUUGGCAAUUUCUAUUACAAGAGCGAGCGCUAUACUAAGGCCAAUUCGAAGUAUAAGAAGGCGCUCAGGUACUUGAUGAAGUUCCAAGAAGAUGCUCAAUCGUCGAAUCAUGAUCUCAGUCCCAAGGAGGAGCUCGAAGUCACCCACGCUGUCAUCCACAAUCUCUUGAACUCGGCGGCUUGCAAAAUUAAGCUCCAACUAUACGACGAGGCUCUGGAGAAUUGUAAUGAAGCUCUGGACUGUGUGCCGAACCACGUCAAGGCUCUCUACCGGAGAGGUCAAGCCUACCACGGAAAACGCGAAUACGAACGAGCAGUGGCGGAUCUGCUGGUGGCUCAGCAACUCGAACCGACAAAUCAUUCCAUUAUUGCGGAGCUCAAGGCUUGUCGCGGGGAGAUGACCAUGUACAAAGAGCGGGAGAGACGCGCUUGUCAGAAGUACUUCAAGAGCUUAAACAACACGCCAAAUAAUGGUGAAGCUCAAAACAGCCAGAACAAUGGGUCGCAACCUGAAGCGAUGCUGAAUUAGAUUUGACCUGUAAAUCGAACAUUGUUGUAGAUAAGUUGUCUUUUUUCUCGUUAUCCUGCACGAUUCCCUCUGACCUCAGCUUGGGUGGCUUCGAAAUAAUUUCAUUAGACCCGCGCUGAACUGACCGCCUCAACGGAUGAUUUACGUAGAGUACUUCCCCCGUAAGAAAAUUCAUUCAUCCAUGGUCUGAUAUUUGAUGUAAGACGGAGAGAAACGCUGUAUAUCUUACGUUUAUUUGAGGGGCUCCUUCGUCAGUGGCAUAUUUUUCUGACGAAAUAAAAUCCGAGCAAUACCAAGUCUAUGUCCCUAAAUACGAGGGGAAACGGAAUCAAAACUGAUGUACCUUAAAACCGUGGGGAUAUAGUUCCGUGUUUCCGCCUGCGAUUGGGCUGCUCUUGUUCGGCUCGUCUGUUCCGGAGGGAGUGAUUCAGCAAUCAGUCGUCACGAGUUCUGACAAUUAUGAUCCUCUAUAGUUGACGAAAUACACACAAGAGGACGAUAUUAAAUAUUAUUUUGGCACGAUCGCAUACUGAGACGGGAAGACGUCGAUACAACGUAUCCACCGUUCCUUGUGGUCAAGACCCUCCGUUAGAUAAGCGGAGAAAUCGCGAGCUUGUAUUCCGGAUUCAUCGACUCUAACGGUUCGACUACACAGAUGAGCGGCGGCUAUCGACUGAAUGUUGAUUGAUGAGAU